AUGGCAAAUCCCUCAAGUCUCCUCUCUGAAGCCCGUUACCUUCGCGAGGGAGUUGUCUUUGAAGACUUCGUACAGUGGGCUGAUCGUGUCUGCCAUGAUCCCGACAAUUGGAAGUAUGACUUGCGUGCUGUCAAAAUGUUUCAACACAUUAAACAAAGCCACCCAGACAUCAAAGCCCCAGGUUUGUUUUUCAGGGCAGAACGCCCUGUCUUAUAUUCAGAGUGGGUUAGUGGCGAACCGCUGGCGGUUUGGAAUUCCCAGAUCCCUCUUAACAAACGUCAAAGGCUCCUCGAGGACCUUGCAGAGUUCUUACUGCAAUUAUGGACCACCGCAGCCCCUCACCCUAAUUUUAUGCCAGAGUCAAAGCCCCAGUAUUCAGCUUGGCUUACGGAAAGCCUAGACCGAGGUCUCCGAAGAACUCUCACUGGAACUGCUAGAUGGGGCGAUGCUAUCGAGUAUCUGAUCAUGAGGUCAAUGAUCCCAGAAUAUGCAGAGCCCGUCGAGCAUGCAGCUAGUGUGUCUGUGAAGACCGACGAAGAGCUCAAAUAUAUUCUCCACAACAUCCCCGAAGCCCCCUUCAACCUGGAAGGGGCCGACGUUAUCCUUAUUGAUGACGAAGAGUACCUCGACGAGUUGAAGUAUGAGGACGCCGCCGGUUAUAAUAUCGAAAUCGAGGAUGACCUGCCGGAACAAGAUUAUAAGGAGGCAGAUUAUCUCGAGAAAGGGGGCUUCAUCUCGGACAAGGCUCGGUAUCAGGCUGCCAGUAUCGCUUCGGAGGAGGAUCACGAGGUUCUCUGA